AUGGGCGGCGCGGCGCUGGGGCUGCUGCUGGCGGCGGGGCUGUGCGCGGCGCAGUACGAGGAGUACAGCGUGCGCGGGUUCCCCGCGGCCGCGCUGGAGCCGCUGCAGCGCGCCUACGCGCGGGCGCUGGCGCAGUACGCGGGGGCGCGCUGGGCCGAGAGCGCGCGGGCGCUGGAGGCCAGCCUGCGCCUGCACCGCCUGCUGCGCGACAGCGAGGCGCACUGCCACCGCCGCUGCGCCGCGCCCGCGGAGCCGCCCGCGGAGCCGCCCGCGGAGCCGCCCGCGCCCGCCGAGUGGGAGCGGGAGCUGCAGCUCUUCGGGCGGCUGCUGCGCCGCGCCGCCUGCCUGCGCGCCUGCAAGCGCGGCCUGCCCGUCUUCCAGCUGCGCUACCCGCCCGCGCAGACGCUGCGCGACUUCCAGCGCCGCCUGCCCUACCAGUACCUGCACUACGCGCUCUUCAAGUCUAACAAGAUCGAGAAGGCCGUGUCUGCUGCUCACACCUUCCUGCAGAAGAACCCCAAGCACGAGACCACCUUGAAGUACCUCAACUACUACCGCACGAUGCUGGACGUGGACGAGUACCUCGUGGACCUGGAGGCGCAGCCCUUCGAGCCGAUAUUCGUGCGGGCGGUGAAGCUGUACAACAGCGGGGAUUUCCGGAGCAGCGCAGCAGACAUGGAGCAGGCGCUCGCUGAGUACUACCAAGCCUACGAGAACUGCCUGGCAGGCUGCGAGGGCUCCUACGAGCUGCAGGAGUUCAAGGACUUCUACCCGGCGAUUGCAGACCGCUUCGUGAGCGUGCUGCGCUGCAAGGUGGACUGCGAGAGCGAGCUCACCCCCAACGUGGGCGGCUACUUCGUGGAGAAGUUCGUGGCCACCAUGUACCACUACCUGCAGUUCGCCUACUACAAGCUGAACGACGUGAGGAACGCGGUGCAGAGUGUCUCCAGCUACAUGCUCUUCGACCCUGGCGACGCGGUGAUGCAGCAGAACCUGGUCUACUACCGCUUCCACCGCCAGCGCUGGCAGCUGCAGGAGGAGGACUUCCAGCCCCGGCCGGAGGCCAUGCGGUACCACAACCAGACAGCAACGCAGCAGAAGAUGCUGGACUUCGCCCAGCAGUACCUGCAAGCUGACGAUGAGAUGGAGGUGGACGGCGCCGAGGAGAUGGACGCCCAGGAGCUGCUCUCAGACGGCGAGUUUGAAGGCGAAGGCGACUACGAGGAGGGCUUCGUCGCGGAGUGGUGGCAGGAGCCCAAGACCAAGGGGGACAAAGCCAACGAAGAGACCCUCUGAUGAGCGAGGCCGAGCGGGGCCCGCGGCCCUGGGUGGCUGUGGGCCCCUGUGCGGAGACUCGGAUGCGCCGGGCCGGGCUGCCCCCAGUGGAGCCCACUUGCCUGGCGCGGAGCACCGGCACCUCCGAGGCACCUCUACGUGUCCAGGUGCUCCCCCUGACCCCGGAGCUGGGCUGCCGAUGGUGCUGGGAGUCGCCACGGGCCCUCGUCUCCCCCCGGAGCCACGGCCGGGGCUGCUCCGAGCGGCCUCUCCCCAUGCCGGUCCAUGCCAGAGGUUCGGGGAGGCUGGAAAGGGGGCUGGGGUGCCGCCGGGAGAGGCUGCGGCGCCGAUGCCCCACGUGUGCCUUGGAUUUCCUCCACACCAGCCCGCCAUAGCCUUAAGCUCCAUUAAUUUAAUACUUCCCGUCUUGCACGGUUGCUUUUUUUUUAUUUACUGGUGCUGAACUUUUAAUAAAAUCCGGAUGGGUGUUUUCA